CUUCAUCCACCCUCCCAUCCCGUCCCAAAGCAAUUAAAACAAAACACACGAUGGGUUACCACUUCUCCAAAAUCAAUCAGAAAAGCCUGGUCUCUGUGGCAAUCUUCUCCACCCUCGCCGUGGGAAUCCUUUACCUCCGCGUUUGGCCUUCUUCUCCCUCCUCCGAUCGCGAUUCUUUGCUCCUCUCCACUAUCAACAACGUCACCGUUAGGGACGAGCUGGACGUGGCGCUGGAAAGAGCUUCUUCCACGGUCAACGACAAGACGGUGGUGAUCGUGGUGAUCAACAGGGCCUACGUGGAGCCGGCGCGUGGAACGAGGGAUGCGACGACGAUGCUGGAUAAUUUCCUGGAAGGGUUUUGGGUGGGCCAAGGGACGAGGGAGCUGGUCGGGAUGCUGCUUGUGGUCGCCGUCGAUCAACCAGCUUACGACCGGUGUGUGUUCAUGCGCCUCAACUGCUACAAGAUGGAGGCGGCGGGAGAGGCUGACGAUCACGCCGCCGGCGGCGAGAAGCUCUACAUGUCCGCUGGUUUCAUCGACAUGAUGUGGCGCCGGACGUUUCUUCUCCUCGAGGUCCUCAAACGCGGCUACAGCUUCAUAUUUACGGACGCUGACGUGGUGUGGCUAAGGAACCCAUUCCCAAUCCUUAUAGGCAAAAACAAGAGCGAGACGACAGAAGAUUUCCAAAUCAGCACCGACGUGUAUAACGGGGACCCACACUCCCCCGAACACCUCAUCAACACAGGAUUCUACUACGUCAGAUCCAACAACCAAACCAUAAGAAUGUUCGAGUCGUGGUACGGUCGGCGGGACAACUCGUCGAAAAAGGAGCAGGACGUGCUGCUAGAGAUGUCGAGGGGCGGCGUGCUGACGUCGGAGCUAGGUGUGAGGACGAGGUAUCUGGACACCGCCUGGUUCAGCGGCUUCUGCUCCGACAUCAAGGAUGUCGGGCAGGUGGUCACAGUCCACGCCAACUGCUGUCGAAGCAUUAUUGCCAAGGUCAAGGAUUUGAAGGUGGUCAUCGGGGAUUGGAAGCGGUGGAAGAUGCUGGCUGCUCACUGGAAGGCCACCGGGAGGCGGAGAGCUAUUCCUUUCCGAUGGACGGGGCAUUUUGGGUGUUGGAACUCUUGGAAUAAUCAUAACGUCACCACCCAAUAAUGAUUACUCAAACGCUCAACAGUUUUAUUUUUUCUUCUUUCCUUUUUUUUUUUUUUUUUGGUUCAUUGAGUGGUAUUUUGCUGACAAACUGUUACGUUUCCCUACAAUUAUAAAAGCAUUUAGCUGCUCAUGUGGAAAAGCAAACUCAUACCAUGCAAUCCAUGCUUUCAAGU